UGACUUUCUCAUCAAGACCCAUCAAAUACAUAGUUCAGCCGGAUAUCAGUGAGCGAGUUGGUCCAAAUAACUCGAUCCAGCCGAGUUAGAUCAAUGGCGAGUUAAGCGUUUUGGGACGAGAAGUAUAAAGAGGGAAGGAAGAGCAAAGGUGAGGAGAUAUGAAACCAAAAAGGACUAAAAUCAGGGUUUAUCAUCAAUAAAAUGCAAUUCUUGAAAUCCACAAAUCAUUCUUAAAACUCCAACAGUCCUACAAAACACUGAUUAAAUAUGUCUCAUUAAAUAUUCUUCUUCUCCUUCUCUUAUCGUUUUCCCGAGAAAAACUUUUCUGGUUUUGAUCAUCAGCGAAGGGACAAUGGGGCAAAAGCAAUCGGAAUGGGAAUUGCUGUAUCAGCAAAUGAGCUACCGUAACUCUCAAGGCAUUCGAGCUCUUCAUCGCGAAGGAGCAGACCUCGAGUGCAUGGAUAGAAAAGGCAGAACGCCUUUGAUCAUGGCAUGCAUGAAGGACGAGCUUUGUGACGUCGCCAAGACUUUGAUCGAGUUAGGCGCCAAUGUUAAUGAUUGUCGUCCUGGUCGCCAUGCAGGGACUCCUCUGCACCAUGCUGCUAAAAGAGGUCUUGUGAACACUGUUGAGUUGCUUCUUUCACAUGGUGCAAAUCCAAUUGUUCUCAAUGAUGAUUGUCAGACACCACUUGAGGUCGCUAGAGACAAUGGGUGUGGUUCUGUCGCGGGUGCUAUUGAGAGACACAUCUGCUUGUUCUCUGGUUAUAUGUGUCAGUUUUACGGCUCUGACGAACGUCGUUCAAAAAGAGUAUGGGUAGUCGUCGUACCAACUGGUUCAAGAAACCUUACGGAGCCUUUGAAGUUGGAAGUGGUUGUAUAUGAUCUUAGGCUGGGUAAACAUGAUGACCAGCCACAGACAGUGAUGCCAUUGUGGAACGCAAACGUGGCCAUGCUCAUUGACAAAGAACCAAUAACGAACCAGACUGAAACUUCAGUGAUGAUCACUGUUUACGACUCCACAAGCCGCUGGAGACAAAUACUAAAACGUAGGCAUCAAUUGGAAACAUAUAUUAUACUUGGCCCCUCCAUUAAAGGGGACGAACAACAACUUAAAUGGUUUUGUGAUGCAUGUAAAGGAAUUCCUCAGCCAACACAUCCUUCAAAAUUUCUCCAAACAGCACCGUCUGCACCACCACUUAUGAGUAAGACACCAAAUAACAAUCACCAUUCAUUGGGUGAAACAAGUUCCUCAGCUUCACCACCUCCACCUCCUCCUUCCUCAGGAAAAGCAAGCACCUCGGGUUUCAGUAGCCAUGAAGGUGUUAUUGUACAUGAACCUUCACCAUCAGCUCCUCCAUUGACAGACUAUGAUGUAAAAAUCCUAGAGGAAGGUCCAGUUCAUUACCCAACAAUCGAUUCAACACCUGUCGAUGUCCCAUCUUCUUCUCCUCUACCAGCUUCAGCGGAGGGUGAAAAGAAAGAUGACGGGAGCGCUGGACAGUGUUCUAUAUGUCUAGACGCUCCACCUGAUGCUGUUUGUGUCCCGUGUGGACAUGUCGCAGGAUGCUUGUCUUGCUUGACUGAAAUCAAAUCCGAGAAUUGGGGAUGUCCGGUCUGUCGCGCCAAGAUCGACCAGAUCGUUAAACUGUACCGUGUCUGAAAUAGACAGGUACUACAUGGGAUCAUAUCUCUCAUUCAUUGUGUUGUGAGAUUAAAGCUUUCCAAUUGAAACUAUCUUUCUCUAUUACUCAACCAAGAUCAAGAACUCUUUUUCUCUGUUGUUGUUAAACAAUACUUUUAUACAUUGAAUUCUAAAACAAUACUUUUAUACAUCGAAAUGUUGGAAUG